CCAUGUGACGACACCAGCGGAAUGCACUAAAAGCACGCCCACCGCCGGCGUCAAGCAGCGGUGUCGAUAGGAAAAUGUCAGGCCGCUCAGUGAGAGCCGAGACCCGCAGCCGGGCCAAAGAUGAUAUCAAAAAAGUGAUGGCGGCCAUCGAGAAAGUCCGCAGAUGGGAGAAGAAAUGGGUAACCGUUGGUGACACUUCGCUGCGAAUAUUCAAGUGGGUUCCUGUAAUCGAUGGAAGAGAUAAGGACAAGAAGUGUACCACAGCUCUAAACAGCGCUUCAUCCACUGCCAACUCCUCCCUCCUCCUGGAAUUUCAGGCAGAUGAGACCAGCAAUCAGAGCUCGCUUGAAGAUGUUUACCAACUGAAGAUGGAAAGCAGUACUUCUAGCCCCAGCCCACCACACAGUGAAUCCCAGAGUCCAGUGCACAACUCAGACUCUCAACCUCCAACACUAGGACAAGAGAGCUUUGAAUCCUGUGUGCCUUCUUCAGACUUGAUUGAUGAACCACCCACUCUAACAAAGGAGGAGCCAGCCCUUUCUGCUUCCCAGAGAACAUAUAUAUAUGAGAUUCCUAACAGAGCGAAAAUCACACAAAGAUUUGUCAUUAAUGAAGAUUCCAAAACUGGAGUGAGGAGAUGGACGAUUCUGGAGCCCCUCCUCUGAAGAGGGUAUGCCGAGAUGUGCCUUCAGAGCUCCCCGCUGCUUCAGAGAGUUAAUUUCUGCCAUAAAUUGCACUUAUUCGUCUUGCUGUGACAGCCUUUGGAGAGCCUUAGCUGACAAUGUUUGCACUGGUGGCUGGAUGUUGUAAUUACCCAAAUGCACUUACUAAUUGAAGGAAUGUCGUCCAGCCUCAGAGGCACAACGGAAAGAGUCAAACUCAGUUCUGCUUUGAAUAAAGAAUUUUUUUUUCUCUCUCCCUUUUUUUUUUUUUUUCUCCUUCUUCAAAAGAAGCCACACUGCACUAUUGCUUUCACCAUUUCUAUGCCAGAAAUACAUCUUUCCCUGACCUGCAGAUGGUCAAUGCAGUUGUUGAUUACUCUUCACUCAGAGACUUCAGUUCUAGUGCCUACUCUAAAAUAACAACCAGGCAAUUGUUCAGUAUCAACAGCAUCAUCAUCCAUUUAGAUCUAUAUUAUGGUAAUUUGCUCUUAAAAACCUGUAUUUUCUCUGCAUCCCCAAUCCCUUAAAUAUUUCAAGUCUUGCUCAUCCAGCAUAUCUAUUAUCCUCAGAGUUUCUCCAGAAAGCACAUAUGUUGAUGUGCAGAAGGACUUCCAACAUGAUAGGCAGCCAGAUAGGUAACACCCAAUUGUAUAUGUCCACAGUUGAUGGCAACCAAAUACAUUUAAAAAAAAAACUAUACCAUUUAGUCAGUUCAUCCGUCAAUUUCACCGUAUGUUAUUCCUUAAUCGGAAACCUUAAUUUUCUCCAGUGAAAAUAUUCAUGAUAGGAAAACAGAGAGGUCCAACCAUUUGCUUCAUGCUGCAGAACAUUCUGUUGUGAUGUGUUUUGUAGCUAUAAGUGUGCAUUUUGCACAACUGAGAAUAUUUUUAAUAAAUAAAUGUUAUUUGGAAAAA